CGGCUGAUAAGAGGCGGCGGGGAGGCGGGGGCCGCGCGGCGCCUGGUGAUGUGAUGGAGGCGGUGGGCAGCGGCGACUCGGGCGCCAUGAGCGGGGUCUGGUGUAAAUCACUGCACUCCUCGGGGCAAAGGUCUAUCCACGACGUCUCGCAUCCGCUCUCGGCGGAGAAGGAGCCGCUGACACCGAGCCCCGACCCCGCGGCCACCGACGGCGACAAGGAUCUGAUAUUACCAAAUGGGACACAAGUAGAGACAUCGAGUCCUGUCUCCUCCUCGUCUCUUCUGAAUAGACUGCAGUUGGACGAUGACCUGGAUGGAGAAACCAGAGAUCUCUUUGUUGCUGUUGAUGACCCCAAAAAACAUGUGUCUGCAAUGGAAACCUACAUCACCUACAGAGUUAGCACCAAGACAACAAGAAAUGAGUUUGAUUUACCGGAGUAUGCAGUACGGCGAAGAUACCAGGAUUUUGACUGGUUGAGAAAUAAACUGGAAGAGUCUCAGCCAACGCAUCUCAUUCCCCCUCUUCCAGAAAAGUUUGUUGUUAAGGGAGUUGUGGAUCGCUUUUCAGAAGAGUUUGUGGAGACCAGAAGGAAAGCCCUCGACAAAUUUCUUAAAAGAAUUGCUGAUCAUCCUGUCCUUUCUUUCAAUGAUCACUUCAACAUUUUCCUUACGGCUAAGGAUCUAAAUCCUUACAAAAAGCAAGCUUUGGCCUUCAUAGCAAAGGUGGGAGAGUCAGUAAAGUAUGUUACAGGAGGCUACAAACUAAGAAACCGACCAAUGGAAUUCGCUGCGAUGGGGGAUUACUUAGACACAUUUUCUCAGAAGCUUGGAACAAUUGAUCGAAUCGCACAGAGGAUAGUCAAAGAACAAGGAGAAUACUUAGUGGAACUGCAAGAAUAUGGACCAAUUUAUUCAACCUGGUCUACCGUAGAAGAUGAGCUAAGUAAACCCCUUGACGGCAUGUCAAAUUGUGUUGACAACUGUUGUUCAUCCCUGGAGGAAUUGACUGAGGAUAUGUCUGAAGAUUUUCUACCUGUUCUGAGAGAAUACGUUCUUUACAUUGAAUCGAUGAAGAAUGUGCUCAGGAAAAGAGAUCAAGUACAAGCUGAGUAUGAGACUAAGCUUGAGGCAGCUGCUUACAAGAAAGAAGAAAAAACAGUGGUACCAACCAAUGUGGAAAAGUGCCAGGACCGCGUGGAGUGCUUCAAUGCUGAUCUGAAAGCAGAUUGGGAUCGAUGGCAAAAUAAUAAGAGACAAGACUUCCGGCAGCUGCUGACUGGAAUGUCUGACAAAAACAUUCAGUAUUAUGAGAAGUGCCUUGCAGCGUGGGAAUCGAUUGUUCCACUCCUACAAGAGAAGCCAGAUGCUAAAAGUGAAGCCCACUCCUAGUCAACUCUUUAAUGUUGCUUCCUGUUUGGGCUGUUUUGCCUCUUCACUUGCCCAGUUCACAAUACUGGAACACUGCACUUUGGGGAAAAUCUAAUCCACACAGUUUUGUACAUAGCUGUAGGUAAACACCACAUGUACUUGGACUUUCUGUGGAAUGUGCGCACUCUGCUCAGUACAAGUUUGUCUUGUCAGCACAGUGUUAUCUAAAUUCACAUUUGCCGUGGUUCGCUGAGUGCUGCUUCCAUUCAGUACUCCAAACAGUGAAGGUGGUGUUGGAGGCCAUCUGUUGAUUAACAUGAUUGUGCUCUUUUUGGACUCUUGUUGAUUUAUCUUUAUCACGUGCACACAUCAUUGGGCAUUUAAUAUUCUGAGCAUCCUGGUGUAAUGGGUUGUAUUUCUAUGGAGCUGUUUAUAGGGACUUGAUAGACUUUAUACAAGUGGUGAUCCGAGAUUGAUGCAGCUGAGCUGUGGUGGAUUACAUAUAAAAGGCUGCCAAUUGCAUUAGAAUGAGGACAGUAAGUUAAAGAUUUUAUAGAAGCUAAUAGUUCCUUUUCUAAAAGUAGUCCCAAUGUAAUUUAAGCUGACUGUCCAUCUCGUGGGCGGUGCUUUUCAUUUACUGAUUAUACCACUGAGUGAAUACUAACUCAUGAAAAGGUGAAUCACUUGGAGCAAACCUUGUAUUGGUGAAGAUGUUUUCCUGCAAACAUGUGUUUGAGCAAUGAGGGCAUAACGUGUUUAGUCUUUACCCCAUGUACUUCUUGUUAGGGUUGUUUGUGGAAUACAGCAGGUACCUUUUAUCCAGCUGCUGACUUUGUCAUUCAUGUACCAUUCCUCGAAUCCUGAUUGCCAUGCCCAUUUUCACAAGUCUCCCUUUUGUUUUGUGAGAUUGACGUAUUUCGAUAGUGUCUCAUAUGCAAAGCAUGAUUCAUCUUGUAAGAACUGAGGUUGUUUUAUAAAGUCAUGCCUUAUAUUAAAUGUGAUUGCCAAGGUUGUGUUGAGAAAGCGUCCUCACUCAUAGCUAUGAAGACCAUCUUGUGUGUGACUAAUCUGAGAUCUAGGAUGCUUAAUGAUGGUGAGAUUUUCUUAACUGCCAGGUCACCCAGCAAACAAAAUAGUUUUUUUUCAAAAGUGCCUUCAUCAUGUGAUGUUUUGUAUAACCCAAGAAAUUUAAAUUAUAGCUGCUUGAGAAUUUCUUUGGGCAACAUUUGUAAAUGUACUGAGAAAUGGUCCCUGCCUGCCUUGUUUCAUGGCUGCAUUAAACUUUCUUAAAACCAAUGGAAGAGUAACCAAGUUAAAUCCAGUGAAAUCUGGUUUGCUAUGCCUGUUGUAAUGUAAUGGGAUCAACAUUCUCUAACGUUCUAAUUGUUAGAUUUUUGAAUUGCAUUUUUUCAUAUGAAUGAAUGCAUUGCACAGCCUUAUUAGGGGAGGCCAUGUGGGGUAAAACCAAGAUUGAAGGUGUUUUGUAUUUUUGUUUACAACACUAUGGUUGUGGCUUUGACUAAGUGUUGCUUCAUGUGCAUGAUUAUUGAUCCCUCCUAAGUCUAACUUGUAAAUAAUGUAGACUUGGUGGUCUUGUACCUACUAAACCUACAGUAUUAGAGCAACCCUGCAUUUUGUGAAUAUAUUAGCGCAUAAUUGAAGAAGGAUAUUAAAUAGCAAUCCUUUUGAGCCUAGGCUGUCUCAAGAGGUCACUUCCAAAAGUACCUGGUUGUAUUCCUACAAAAGCCAAAAUGAUUUGCAAACUGUUUCACUAAUUUCCCUCUCUCUUGAGCAUGAGUUUCUUCAAAGCUUUCCUGAAGUAUGAUGUUAAGUUGGAACAUGCAACAUAGCGAUUUUGGCAGCACCAACAUGGGAGCAGGACCUAUGUCCUCGCAGUUGGAGAGUUGUUGUGAAAAGACCUUUUUUUUUAAAGAGAGAAGGGAAAGAAGCUCCUAAUCAGCACUAAUGGUUUCAGGAAUAUACCCUUUCCCAAGGAAAAUCAGAAAGAGCUCAGGGUGAGUCCCUUUGGUGACACAUCAAUGAAUAUACGAGUAUGUUUCUAGAGUAACCUCAAACAAGGCUUUAAGUUAUUCAUUUAGAAAUGUUGUUGUAUUCAUUACAAUUCAUACGUGCAGAUGAAAAUUGCAUUUUCAUGACAUUUUCUAACACCAAUUGAUGAAAUGAUGAAAACUUGAGAUUGAUUUGUUAACCCAUAAAGGUCAACAUGUCUGUGGAAAAUAAACUGCUAAAACAACUUUAAAAUUAUGUAUGCAGUGAGGAAGUAUAGAACCGUGUUACUAAAUGUCCUCUCUCUGUCCUUCCAAGUUAACCUGGUGCUAACUGUUGACCAUGGUCUUAAAUUGUUUUACUGGACUUGUAGUUAAAGCUGUGAUGGCCCAUAUUACUGAAGUGCACUUUGAAUGUACUUGGAAUGCAUUUGUUCUGCAGAGAAUGUGAUGCGUAAUCAUGGAACUAAAAUAGCUAAGUGUGUUUGAAUGGUUAUUACCAUUGUGUCUAUAAAGGAACUGGAACUGUAUCUGGUACAGCAAAACCUGCCAAUAGUGGUGACCUUUAAGGGAUAAUCUUGCUAAUGGACAAAUGGUAUUAUGUAGGAAUCUGUCUGAACUAUUCAUUUCUAGAUUUCAAUGUUUCCGGAUAUCCCUGAGAACUUAGUUUGAUCAACAAGCAAUGUACAGCAUGAAAACUGAAUACAUUCAGAUUUUCUUCAGGUUCUGUGGAUCAUAACAGCCUUUCAGAUAGUUUCUAAUAUAAGACUUGCAAUGUCUUCAAUUUAUAAUUAUCUGUAGAAUUUUGAGCCUUGCUAGUGGUUGAUUUUUAAAUAACUAUUCCUCAUUUCUGUUUGAUUGAUUAUUGUGAAUUUUAAAGUGUUCAGCUUUGAAAUAAAUCAUGAAGGAACUAGCAUACAGUAAGAUUAAUAUUGCACACUACUAACUUUUAUUUAGGUACAGUAUUUAAUUAUCUCUUUCCGUUGCCCACCCACAUGCAGAUGUCUGGUCCUGUACUUGGACAUCACCACUCUAGAAUAGAUGUCUUAUCUCAGAAUUAAUGGCCCUGACCACUACUGAAUAAAUUGGAAUUAAAUGUUCACAUUGUGGGUGUCAUGGUUUGCCUUGCCUUCCAAUUUAUUCACAAUGUUAUUGUGUAAUGUCUCCUUGAGCAUCUGUUCAACAAACGUUUAUCCAGACACCAAUUCAUUCCUAUGUUAAUGAGAAGAAAGUGCCAUCUGUCAUUAGGUGAGAGACGUUGACACCAGUGCUAAGAAGCUGAACUCCGUUUAGUUUGUACUGCAAAAGAAAACCCAGCUCUCUGCACGAGUCAGCCGCAGGAUUCCAGGGAGGUCUGUGAAGAUAAAAUGCUAGAUUAAUAUUUUAGGAGGGGAGAAAGGGGGUAGGGCAGAUAGACCGGUAGGUGUUUGACAUUCCCACUGCACACAUCGGGAGAAUAUUUAUUUUAAUUUGAACACUUGAGUAAAGGGAAUUUGGGUGUUUCCUGUAAUAUCCCCCCCCCCACCCCCCCGCCUCCACCUUUCCACACUGAGAGCACAGAUUGGACACUUCUUCCCAUGCCAUAGCUGAUGCCCCAUUAGCACCAACUAUUUGGAAGAAUAGAAAAUGUCCCUUCUUCACUCUGCCUUUCUCACUCUUUGUAGGCAUGUGAAUGGCUUUGGGAUGUUUACAGACCAUUACACGCAUGCCUCAUCAUAGCUUUCACUCACUUAAUUGCUUUGCCAAUAAUUAAUACAGCAGUUUGCUGUUGGAGCUUGUUAACUUUUUCUGUUUUUUCAGCCCCUUCCAAAUUUCUAGUUCUGUAUGAAUUAAGUGGUGCCGGGUACGUUUUUUUUACACACACACUUCCUCUCUGUACUGCUUGGCUCGGUUUAGUGGCUCUGCUGGACUGAUUAAACUCUCCAGUUCAAUUAACUUAUUUGACUAAAGAAAGUGACAUAGAACUAGCACAUUUUUGUGGAGCUUUAAAGCUGUUAGGUUUCCCUUGGUUUGUGCCCUCUUUGUAAACUUCAGUCCAGAAGACAAAUUGAAUACCAGUUGAGUUUUGGGUUAUAUGUGUACAAGAUUAAAAGGCUAGUUAGUGGCAGCUUUGAGUACACUUAGGAAUUAAAGGUGGAGCUGUGCUGUCAUGUUGACUUUUCUGGUGAAUAUUUUUGGGGUUCAUUUUUCCUAGAACUGUAGUUGAUGUUCAAUGGUAUGGUUUGUCUCCAGACUUUAUAUAUUAAAAAAAUGAGGCUUUGUGCAGUAUGUGUUGCAUUAUUUAGCAGAACAUAGUUUCCAUCCUCCUUAAAAAUAACACUGGGUGAUUUAUUUUGAAACCAUUAUUUGCACUCCUUCAAAUCAGGAGUACUUGGUAAUUGUGCCAUUGAAAAUGUCUUUUAAAAUGUCACUGACCAGGUGUUAAUGGUGAGGACAUUUUCUUGCACAGGAAUUUUAAAUGAUUGGACUUGUGUAGGAUGUCCAACAUUUCUGUGUGCGGAAGAAAACUUGCCAUUCAAAUAGAUACUUUUCCAGUAGUUUCAUGCAUACUUCAUGAAAUACUGUCGAGUCUUCAUGUUUUGUGAACUGUAAAAAUAUGCAGCAAGUACAGCGGGAGGGGGAGUAAACAACUUGCACAUUUUUAGAUACAUUUUCCAGAUUCCAUUGCAAUGCAGCCAGUUCAAAGUAGAUGCAAUAUGUUCUGUAGUGACCAAAAUAAGGGAAGCAAGUAUUGAUUGUUUUUUUUAAAAAAAAGCUAUCCCAAUAGACAUUUAAGUAAAUGUGAGAUUCACUUCCCUUUCCACCAAUUAAAUGAUUUGGUUUGCAUGCCUAUUUAAAUGCAGUACAUUUAUUUUACCAACAUUUAAUAACCAAUAACAGUUGUUACAUCUGAAGAUAUUCUGACUACCUGCCUAGUUUGUGCUAAGAUUGGUAACAUUUCAUCCAUUCACUGAAAAACAUCUCAGAGCAAAGAUUAGAGAAUAUGGGUUAAAUAAGGAAUUUGUAAUGCAAGCAAUUUGAGUUUUGAAAUUGUUCAAACAUGCUAAAGUGUACUGUAGUGUCCAUAAACCUUUUCUUAGGUGAGUUAUAGUUUUUGGAUGUUAUUCAAUGAAUAUGAAAACCAUGAAGAGAAUGAUCAAAAUAGUUUCCUGAUUUCAGUGUUGUUAGAUGACCAUUGCAUGUAUCUGAAGUUCUUCAAUAAGGGAGAGACCAUCUCUUGAUAUUGAUUCCCAUCCCCUUUUCCCAAUCACAAAACAGGACAGAUGAUAUUUCAGAUCUAGUGGAAGCUACAGAAUAGUAGUGAGAAUGUUUCUCCUUGCCUCCACCCGACUCUGUGCCUACCCACAUUUGCAAUUGACUGCCUGGUGGUUGAGGAUUUGUAGCCAUGGUCGGGAUUUUACACCAGAAAGAGAGAAUAGGAUGGUGUCUAUCUUCCAAAGCCUGUAGUCCAAUAAUCUUGUUUCCAUUAUUCUGACUGAGAUGGCCGAUUCAUAGAAACAUGAUCCUAAUACUGACUAUUAAACUGAGCUGGGAUGGAUAAGAGGGAUAGCAUUUAUCCAUCUUAAGUAAAUGUCAGUUUUCUUUUUGUUGCUGUAGUAAAAAGGACAGCAUACAUGCCCAGUGCUUUGAGAAACUGAAAAUGUUGUUGCCUCCAACUUAGGUUCCUGACUUCAUUUUUUCUGAGGACCGUGUUUGUGUGUUACCUCAGCCUGUGGCUCUGCUUGUCCACUAUAUCAACUGCUGAGGUAGAGUUGAUGUUUGCUACUUACAAUUGAAAAAUUAGGGUCAAGAUCUGCAAUUAUUUAACUGAACAAAUUGUCCUUGCCCACCAUUUAAUGAAAGUCCUUAAUCUAUUUAGCUACAUUCGUGUUCUGAGAAUUUGGGGAGUGUGGGGGGGGAAUGUAGAUAUGAGCCUCACAUAUUAUGAAGAAUUGCACAUUCAUAUAUGGGCCUACAGUUACAAGCACUGCUUUCAAGUCAUUGCUUUUACUUGCCAAUAUAGUAUCUCAAUUCAACUUGCCAUUGAAACUUUCAUGUGAUCAACACUAAUUGAGAGCAUUUAAUUGAGAGCCAGCUCCUGUGUUUUCAGUGAGCUGAAAUCAUCAGUUGCUUGGCCUUAUGUGCUGAAACUGUUUUUGAGGAAGCAUUUGCUAUUGUGUCUGACUGCAUUUCAAAUGUUAACAUGACAGGAGUAUUUUUGCAUUUUUAUUUACAACUAAAAUAAGCAGGUGGCUUGGAAAAGUGGAAAAGUACACCUACAAUGUACAGUGACUGCACUUUACAGUACUGUGAAGCACUUUGAGUGUUUUAACAUGAUCAGGUACUAUUUCAAAUGCAAGGAUUAUAAAGGAUGGGAAUUCCCUAAUAAAACCAGACAGAUUCCAGCACUGGAAUUUCAUAAUGCAUUCAUGUGCUUUAACCAGCAGAUUACUGUUUUGUUUCUUUGAUGGAGGUUUGAUUGUAAUACUUUUUUGUGGGGGAGAGGAGAAAACACAUCUGUGAAUGUUGAAUACAAUAUUAAAGUUCUACAUUUAAGCUUUUUUUUUCGAUGUUUUUUUUGCACUAAAUGCUUUGUAUAAUGGAUUGGCAGAGCUGUAAAAUGCUGCCCAUUUGAAGUAGAAAAUAGUUUUCUCCGAUGCAAUUUGUAAACUUUUAUUUGAAGUUGUACUACAUUGGUUAUGUGUUGAAACCUUAGCAUCUAUUUGGCUGCCUUCUAGCUAUAGUAAAUUCUUGUGCUGUACUGAAGCUACUCACUACUCUUCCUACAGUUUUAUUGGCUGGCUGUAUAUUUACUGUUCUGCACCUGUGAUGCUAGUCAGUUUAAUUUUGCCCUAAGUGAUAUGUGGUUGCAUUUGUUUGCGAUGGGACAUGUAUAAACUGUAUGUACAUUAUAUAAACUAGUUUGGAAAAAAAACUACAAAAUGUUGCGUAUGUUUUUGAUAUUGCAAUUAUCUUUACCUCAACUGAUUUUAAAUAUUGGACCAAUAAAAUAUAAAGCAUUUAA